UACACGUGGCCAACGUCGGUGGCAACAAACAACAACGUUAUAAUUCUCGGACAAUUACCAGCCGGUCGUCUUUCUUUCUUCCUCUCCUCCGCAUAUUCUCGAACACAAUACGCACAUCAAAAAAGCUCCACAAAGGAUUUAAAUCUUUCUACUUCUCGAUGCCUUACGGAAACGGGAUUAUAACCGCACAAGCGAAGCAGCCUCUCGUUUCUUUUGGUGUAAUAUCAGACGUCCAGUACGCCGACAUUCCAGACGGGCGCUCGUUCCUCGGUACGCCUCGCUACUAUCGGAACAGCCUCCUCGUACUGCAAAAAGCCGUGCAGAAAUGGAACGAGAGGAAGCUGAAUUUCGUAAUUAAUUUCGGCGACAUCAUCGACGGGUUCUGCCCGAAACCCCACUCCCUAAACGCGAUCAAGAAAAUCGUGAACGAAUUCGACGCUUUCGACGGCCCCGUAUACCACAUGAUCGGAAACCACUGUCUCUAUAAUCUCCCCCGCGAAAAUCUACUCCCGAUAUUGAACAUUCCUAGUCGAGAUGGUAAAGCCUAUUACGAAUUUUCUCCAACACCCGAAUUCCGAUUUGUGGUUCUUGAUGGGUACGACGUGAGUGCUAUAGGCUGGCCCGCGAAUCAUCCGAACACGAUAAAAGCCCUUGAUUUUUUGAACGAGAAAAACCCGAAUUCGGACAAGAAUAGCCCGAACGGGCUAGUGGGGCCCGAUAGAAGGUUUCUUAUGUUCAAUGGGGGAGUAGGGAAAGAGCAAAUCGAGUGGUUGGAUUUCGUUUUAGAGGACGCAACGAGAUCGAAUCAGAAAGUCGUGGUGUGCUGUCAUCUGCCGUUGGAUCCUUGCGCAUCUUCGAAUGAGGCUCUAUUGUGGAAUUACGACGAAGUGAUGGAAGUGGUGCAUAGGUACGGUUGCGUGAAGGUUUGUAUCGGUGGGCACGCGCAUAAAGGCGGGUACGCGGUGGAUUCUUACGGUGUGCACCACCGUGUUCUUGAGGCGGCUUUGGAGUGUCCACCUGGCACUAAUGCGUUUGGAUGUGUCGAUCUUUUUAGUGAUGGUUUGUUUCUCACAGGUAAAGAUAGGCUCGCGAGUCAAGAAAUGGUUUUUUAGUUUCGUUGAGGUAAUAAAUAAUUCGUCCAAAAAAUAAAAUUACGUAAAAAAAAUUAUAUAGUUGCGAAAAAAAAUUGGUGUUUUUAUUUACGAGUACAAGUUCUUGCGUAGCUUAUUUGUGUGCUUCGUAAAUGAUUCUUGAAAUUGCUAGUUGCAGACGGCCGUAACAAUAAUCUGCAUUGUGUACCGUUUACUUGCAUUUAAUUUUCUAUUCAUCGUUCUCUAUACUUAG